GCGGCCGCAGGCCGGAGGCGCGUCGGGCUGGAGCCGGUCACGAUGCCCCGAAGGAAGCAGAGCCACCCGCAGCCCGUGAAAUGCGAGGGGGUCAAAGUGGAUACCGAAGACUCCCUCGACGAAGGACCCGGGGCCCUCGUAUUGGAGAGUGAUUUGCUACUAGGCCAGGAUCUGGAGUUUGAGGAGGAAGAGGAAGAGGAAGAGGAGGAAGGUGACGGCAACAGCGACCAGCUCAUGGGCUUCGAGAGAGACUCUGAAGGAGACUCUCUGGGGGCCAGGCCUGGGCUUCCCUACGGGCUGAGUGAUGACGAGUCUGGGGGCGGCCGGCCAUUAAGUGCUGAGAGUGAAGUUGAGGAACCAGCCAGGGGUCCAGGGGAGGCCAGGGGUGAGAGGCCAGGCCCAGCCUGCCAGCUGUGUGGGGGGCCGACAGGUGAGGGGCCGUGUUGUGGGGCAGGAGGGCCGGGUGGGGGGCCCCCGCUGCCCCCACGGCUACUGUACUCAUGCCGCCUCUGCGCCUUCGUGUCCCACUACUCGAGCCACCUGAAGCGGCACAUGCAGACACACAGCGGGGAGAAGCCGUUCCGCUGUGGCCGCUGCCCCUACGCCUCAGCCCAGCUCGUCAACCUGACGCGACAUACCCGCACCCACACUGGCGAGAAGCCCUACCGCUGUCCCCACUGCCCCUUUGCCUGCAGCAGCCUGGGCAACCUGAGGCGGCAUCAGCGUACCCACGCGGGGCCCCCCACUCCUCCCUGCCCGACCUGUGGCUUCCGCUGCUGUGCUCCACGUCCCACCCGGCCUCCCAGUCCCACAGAGCAGGAGGGGGCAGUGCCCCGGCGACCUGAAGAUGCUCUGCUGCUUCCAGAUUUGAGCCUCCAUGUGCCACCAGGUGGUGCCAGUUUCCUGCCGGACUGUGGGCAGCUGCGGGGUGAAGGGGAGGGCCUCUGUGGGACUGGCUCAGAACCACUGCCAGAGCUGCUGUUCCCUUGGACCUGCCGGAACUGUGGACAGGAGCUGGAGGAGGGCGAGGGUAGUCGGCUGGGAGCUGCCAUGUGUGGGCGCUGCAUGCGAGGAGAGGCUGGAGGGGGUGCCAGUGGGGGGCCCCAAGGCCCCAGUGACAAAGGCUUUGCUUGUAGCCUCUGCCCCUUUGCCACUCACUAUCCCAACCACCUGGCCCGGCAUAUGAAGACGCACAGUGGCGAGAAGCCCUUUCGCUGUGCCCGCUGUCCCUAUGCCUCUGCUCAUCUGGAUAACCUGAAACGGCACCAGCGCGUCCACACAGGAGAGAAGCCCUACAAGUGCCCCCUCUGCCCCUAUGCCUGUGGCAACCUGGCCAACCUCAAGCGUCAUGGUCGCAUCCACUCUGGGGACAAACCUUUUCGGUGUAGCCUUUGUAACUACAGCUGCAAUCAGAGCAUGAACCUCAAACGCCACAUGCUGCGGCACACAGGCGAGAAGCCCUUCCGCUGUGCCACCUGCGCCUACACCACAGGCCACUGGGACAACUACAAACGCCACCAGAAGGUGCAUGGCCAUGGUGGGGCAGGAGGGCCUGGCCUCUCUGCCUCUGAGGGCUGGGCCCCAGCUCACAGCCCCUCCUCUGUGUUGAGCUCUCGGGGUCCGACAGCUUUGAGUGCCGCUGGUAGCCGGGCUCUCCAUACGGACUCGCCCUGAACUAGGUCCUUCUCCCUCAGGGCCCUAUGGAUUAGACCUGCCUCUCCUGUACGUUUUAUACAGAUGGACCAGAAGCCACCUCCUACUUCCUCCCCCGCUGGCCAGGGGCUCCACAGACUAACCUAGGCACUAUAUGGACCAGCUCAGACCCCAUGGGCGAGGGGCCCAUAUGGACCAGGGGGCCUUGCCUUGACUGAUGCACUUCAUGAGCUCAGUGAGAAGGGCCCUAUGUUCACCUCCACUGCUCCUAGGGGCAGGAGAGGAACUGGCUGGGGGAUUGCCCAGCCUCCCACCUGUUUAUUUAACUUAUUUCAGUGCUUUAUAAUAAAGGAAACACUAACAAA